AUGGCGACCAUGUCAUUGUUGGGGGCAGACAACUUCCGCCGUUUCACUCCUGAAUCUUUGGUUGCCAUCAAGAAACGUAUUGCGGCCAAGAGAGACUUGCCACCAGCAGAGAAGCUGAGGCCUCAGCUUGAUCUACAGGCUUGCCAGAACCUUCCUGCCCUUUAUGGAAGCCCUCCUGUGGAACUUAUUGGAGAACCCCUGGAGGAUCUUGACCCCUACUAUCAUGAUCACAAGACAUUUAUGGUCUUGAACAAAGGAAAAACGAUCUUCCGAUUUACCGCCACGCGUGCUUUGUACAUCUUCAGUCCUUUUCACCGAAUCAGGCGGAUGGCCAUUAAAGUUUUGAUUCAUUCAUUGUUUACUUUGUUUAUCAUGCUCACUAUUUUAACUAAUUGUGUCUUCAUGGCUCUUUCGGAUUCAUCACAGACAAACAGCAAAGAGACAUCUUCAAGUAAAUACGUUGA